GGCGUGAGGAGCAGGGGGCGGGGCCGGGCGCGAGGCUAGGCGCGCGCCUCGAGGGGCCUACGCUGCACGGGACCGCGGCGCGGAGGGCUCUGAGCACUUCCGGAGCCGGGCGCGGGGCCGCGGGUUGGGCCCCCUUCCCUCCCCCGCCCCCCCAACUCCCCUCCCCCCUCCGGCGGCGGCGCUCCCUCCGGCGCCCUUGGCUCUCGGGCGGAGGCGGCCUCCACCGCCGGAAAGCGGGCACGGCAGCUCCUUCCACGCGCGCGCGUCGAUCGCUUCAGGGUCGCGGCCCUUGUCCGGGGGAUUCUGGAACACGCCGGCCUAUGGCUGCUGACGCGGGCUUCGUGGGAGCGGAGGCCGCUCCUGGUGGGGGAUGGAGGGAGCGGGCCGAGGGGUUUCUGCUACACGUGGAUUCGGCUCCCCGGGUGGGUCGUGGAGCCCCUGUACGUACGAGUCGUCAUCUUAGAACAGUGUUUGAAGAUACUGUGGAGGAGCGUGUCAUCAAUGAAGAAUAUAAAAUCUGGAAGAAGAAUACGCCGUUUCUGUAUGACCUGGUUAUGACCCAUGCUCUUCAGUGGCCGAGUCUUACCGUUCAGUGGCUUCCUGAAGUGACUAAACCGGAAGGAAAGGAUUAUGCCCUUCAUUGGCUAGUGCUGGGGACUCACACAUCUGAUGAGCAGAAUCAUCUUGUGGUUGCUCGAGUCCAUAUUCCGAACGAUGAUGCACAGUUUGAUGCUUCCCACUGUGACAGUGAGAAGGGUGAAUUUGGUGGCUUUGGUUCUGUAACAGGAAAAAUUGAAUGUGAAAUUAAAAUUAACCAUGAAGGAGAAGUAAACCGUGCUCGUUACAUGCCGCAGAAUCCUCACAUCAUUGCUACAAAAACACCAUCUUCUGAUGUGCUGGUUUUUGACUAUACAAAGCACCCUGCUAAGCCAGACCCAAGUGGAGAAUGUAAUCCCGAUCUUCGGUUAAGAGGCCACCAAAAGGAAGGCUAUGGUCUUUCCUGGAAUUCUAAUUUGAGUGGACAUCUCCUGAGUGCAUCAGACGACCAUACUGUCUGUCUGUGGGAUAUAAAUGCAGGACCAAAGGAAGGCAAGAUUGUGGACGCUAAAGCCAUCUUCACUGGCCACUCAGCUGUCGUAGAGGAUGUGGCCUGGCAUCUGCUACACGAGUCAUUAUUUGGAUCUGUUGCUGAUGAUCAGAAACUUAUGAUAUGGGACACCAGGUCCAAUACCACCUCCAAGCCGAGCCACCUCGUGGACGCUCACACUGCCGAGGUCAAUUGUCUGUCGUUCAAUCCCUACAGCGAGUUCAUUCUCGCAACUGGCUCUGCGGAUAAGACUGUAGCUUUAUGGGAUCUGCGUAAUUUAAAAUUAAAACUCCAUACCUUUGAAUCUCAUAAAGAUGAAAUUUUCCAGGUCCACUGGUCUCCACAUAACGAAACUAUUCUGGCUUCAAGUGGUACUGAUCGCCGCCUGAACGUGUGGGAUUUAAGCAAAAUUGGGGAAGAACAAUCAGCAGAAGACGCAGAAGAUGGGCCUCCAGAACUCCUGUUUAUUCAUGGAGGACACACCGCCAAGAUAUCAGAUUUUAGUUGGAACCCCAAUGAACCUUGGGUCAUUUGCUCGGUGUCUGAGGAUAACAUCAUGCAGAUAUGGCAAAUGGCUGAAAAUAUUUACAAUGACGAAGAGUCAGAUGUCACAACAUCGGAACUGGAGGGGCAAGGAUCUUAAAACCCAAAGUACAAGAAACGUUUCUAUUGAAUGUAAUGCUACACGAAUGCUUGGUUUAUCAAGCGCCAAAAAGGCAUUGUAUAGUAGGACAUGUAAGUGGGAUGGCAUACGGCGUUCUUUACCUUCUGAUUCUAGCACUUUCAAGUGAGCUAUUGCGUACUGUAUCAUAUUGUAGCUUUUAGGGAAGAAAGUUAUGUUAAGAAAGAACAUCACCGUUUUAAAAUGCAAGUAGCAGGGUGCUGCCUUUGAUUCAACUAUUUUAAGUUCUUGUUUUCUCAAACUAAGUGCUUGCUGUUCCCAGAUAUGCAAGAAUAACUUUUACACUUUUUCCCUCCAACACUUGUUGAUUGGCUUUGCAGAAAUAAAGUUUUAAAAUAAA